AGAACAGACAAGAACAACUAAAGAAGAUAUAACGUCAAAGAGAACUUUGCCAUGUCCAUCAAUUCAGGCUGAUGUUAAAGUAAAGCAUGUGUUCAAGAAGUGUAGAUCACAGUGUCAGAUAGAGGAAGAAAUUGAUGAAGUAGUGGAUAAGUCUCCUGAAACAUGUCAAAACCAUGUUGAUCCAAAGGGAAAAAAACGUAGGCUCACGUUGGAAACUGGUACGAUAAAUCACGAUGAGAGAAAAGAAGCAGUCGAGGUUUCCUGAUUUGUAACGGACACAGUGUUGUACUUCGUACUCAAAGCUGGCAAGGUGUGUACAAGCAUUGCAUGAGGUUAGCAAAAUCAAUGGGAUGCCCCCUGCACACCGAAUAUGAAGUAACUAGUGUAUGUGCUAAAGCAACUUCCGGUAAGAAUGAAACCUUGAAAGGCUAUCCACAGUUACAGGAUUUUGUUUGUAAUCCAAUUCCUUCGUCAAAUACGCACAGUGAAAGUCAGUCUGGAAGCUCUGGAUGUUCCAUACAUUGUGAAAGCUUUGAUGAAGUUCAAAUAUUGGAUGAGAGUGUUUCCCCUCAAAAGAUGAUUGAUAACCCAAAUGUAUUUCUCUUCCCUGAAGAAGCAAAUGAAACGAUCAUUCAUGAUGUACAUUAUAACGGUCAGGAAUUAAAACUGAAGAGUGUGACAAUUACCUUAACCAAACUAAAAGAACCACAGCUGAAUAAUAGUUGUCUUCUGAAAGGAAAUGACUCUAUAAAAGCAGAAUAUGAAAAUGAACAAAAGGGAGACUCCAAAAAUUGUACUAAACAGGGAAAUGACUCUGAUAAAUUGAAUUUAGUGAACAAAGUUCAAAAUUCCAACUCUAUCUUAAGCAGAAAACGAAAGUGGAGUUACCUCGAAAGUGAUGCGAAAUUUGAUGUUGACCUUGGCAAGGAAAUUCGAAAAACCAAAUUGGUGAAAAUGAAUGAGAACGACAGCUUAAGAAUGGAUGCAAGCGAAUGUGCUGAUAGUAAUGACGAAUUAACAAUAAUUGGAGAAGUUCAUUUUAGAAAUGUUGACCGUGGAAAGAAAAAACGUAAACACAGACAAAGUUCUGAUCAAAAAAAAAAGCGCAGUAGACAGCGAAUGAGAGAAAAACGAGCCUUGACCAAAGAUAAAAUCAUUAAGAAAAAGGAAAAGUGUAUUCACAAUGCGCAAAUGAAAAAAAUUAUUAAAAAAAAUAAAUAUCAAAAUGAUUUAACCUACAAAAUAGAAAAAAUAAAUGAAGUAAAAAAAGGCAAAAAGAAAUGUAUGAAGAAGAUUCAAAUUUCAGGAACAUACAGCUUAAUAUUAUGAAAACCAAAUAUCAUUUUGAUUCACGUUAUAAAAAGAAAAUUUUGUAUGGAAAUAAACAAAAAUAUUUGAGAAAUGAAGGAU